AUUAUAGUUAUAUAAAUAUAACAAUCACUAAAAUAAAUGAAAAAGUUAGCUUAAAGUACUGAUUUUGAUGCAGUAAUAUAGAAACUCAAUAUUCAAUGCAAAACCAAGAUGGAUGAUUAUUCAGAUCCAAUGCAUAAAAUAAAAAAUUCCUCUCCAAUGAUUUUUGGUGACUAUGCCAGCUCCAACACGCCAAUUCAACUGUAACUAUCUCCUAUCGACACAAAUCAAAAGAGUUACAUUUCAUUACUAUCAGAUAACAUUGAAUUUUCGGUUAAAGAUAAAAAGUAGGGCAGCAACUCAUAACAAUCGUUGGAACAGACUAAAUAUACAACAUCGGAAGGAAUUAGUUCUUUCAUUCAAAAAGAAAAAAUUAUUAAUGAAGAAUAAAGCUUUUUAAAUAAACGACUGAAAGAAAUAAGACAUAUAUAUGUUAAAAAGUUGGAAUAGUUAGAUGAAGAAUACCUGCAUGAGAGAUUAUAAAUUUUAGCAGAAUUUGAGUAACAUUUGAGUUAGAAGAGCCCAAAGAAAUUGAAGGAAUAACCCUUAAAGAGCGCUCUCAAAAAGAAGGAUUCGAUAUGCUCUUCUCGGUAUUAUACUCAAAAUAUUAAUGAUUCUUAAGAAGAUGAUUGGAAGUUCAUUCGUGAUGCUCAAAAUAUUCUAAGGAGAUAGAAAUCAUCAUAAGUAGAGGAAUUCACUACUCCAUCCAAAGUUAGAUUUUAAAAGAAAUCAAAGAAAUCUUUACUAAAAAAUGAUUCAUUUUAAGUAUUAUAAUUUCGAUAUUGA